GAACGUGCGCACCGUGUAGCCGGCGCUCCAGCGUAUGAGCACACAAACAUUUUUUGUUACCUGCUGCAGCUUGGUCAAACCAGCAGAACGGGACACACCACCUUGCAUUUACAACACAACACACCAAACAAAACACACGUUUGUGCUUAGCAUCCAAAACAGAAAAUCACCUGCCUGCAAAAAAAAAAUAAAAAAAAUGAGUACAUUCCGUGGUGCCAUCAAGAGAUUGAACUGUGAUUCGAAGAUAUCCGCUAUUUUCUUCGACCUUGAUAACACUCUGAUCGCAACCAGGAAAGCCGAUGCAAAGGCAUGCAGCAAGGUGGCCGAUUUGCUACACCGCGAGCACGGUCUUAGUCGGGAGAUAGCAACAGAAACCACCACCGACUACCUGACCGCGUUCCGUCGCUGCCCAGACAAUCCGGACAUGGCGCUGGCGCAAUGGCGUUCGCAGCUCUGGCAGGACGUGUUGCCUGUCACGCACAAACACCUGGCCUCGGAACUGUACGGACGGUGGUUGGAGUGGCGCUACCGUUAUCUGGCCCUGCCCGCCGAACUGCAGACCAUGCUGCAAACGCUCCGGCUCCAGUACCUUCUCGGCAUCAUCACCAACGGACCGACGGCGGCACAGUGGGAAAAGAUCGACCGGUUGGCGCUGAACAAGUACUUCGAUUGCAUAUUGGUAUCCUCUGACUUACCGUGGGCCAAGCCCGAUCGCAAUAUCUUUUACGCAGCUUGCCACUAUCUAGGUGUCCCGCCCGGCCAGUGCGUGAUGAUCGGUGACAAACUCGAGACGGACAUUCAGGGAGGCAUCGAGGCAAAUCUGGGCGCAACAGUGUGGCUUCCGCUACCCACCGAACAGCGCAUUGCCGGCGACAGGACGAUAAAGGAUGUGCCGGACCACGUGCGGCCCGAUGCGAUCGUGGACAGUGUCCUGAAACUGCCGGCCUUGCUACCACCCUCCACAUCGUUCCGCGUGCGGACACCUGCCGCCCAGUCGAACGUAGGCAGCGGCGACUGCGACAACUGGGAACAGAAGACGACUCGUAACCGGGCUGCCCAGUACAAUCGCAUCCUGCCGGAGAUACCCGACCUUUACAGCACGUACAGCAGCUCCAGCAAUGACAGCAGUCAGCACAGUAAUGGCAGCAACACCAGCAAUGGUAGCAGCUGAAUUGGGCGAGAUCGUGACAUCGACCAAUUAUUACAACAAGCCGGGCCCCAGCCAGUCGUCAGCUGUGUGAAGACUGCGCUACUGCUGUUGUGUGAGCUGUCCGAACUAUGAGCCGGGAUUGGGAGGUACUGGAAGGAAGCGUCCAUCCAUAAGGGGACCCCAUCCAUCAUCAUUCCCAUAUUCUCCCACCCGAAUUAUUCCUUAUUGCUUUUGUUCUUCACUAUCGAAUAUUUCCUAUGCGUCUAGUGCGACUGGUUCUUUCGUUUCGACCACUCUAGUCGACUUAAAACUUACGCGCGGGAAAGCAUCACUCUUUCUAUUACUUCCAAAUCUCAACGCUUUUGUAGAAUGAUCAGUAGAGAGGCAGCGCGCGCGUGUUAACCUAAUUUAAAUUUCACACCAACUCAACUGUUGGCGGUGCCGGUCGUUAGGUCAAGGGACGGAGACAUAAAGGUCCUCCCUGACACCAGGCGGCUAGCUACUUCUGCUAGCCAACCUAAGCUAUCGCUUCCAUACGCCUCCCCCUGUCCGCUGGUGCAUCGCUCUACAAUGUAGUAUUUCGAAUAUUUUCAUUUUCCUCUCGAUAGAGUGUAUAAUAGCGCAUAUUUCGUAGAUUACAUACACACACACAAAUAGGGAAGUGUACCUGAUCUGAUUUUGUGAACACUAGCAGAAAUCAAAUGCAUCCCUUCAUUUUCUCUCUUUCUCUACCCUAAUCCCUCAAUAGUUUAUAUAAAAAGACACACAAAGAACAAAUCCUUCCUCUACCUUUUUGCUGCUGGGUGUGCUAAAAUGAGGGCACAAAACAGACAGAAGGAUGGACGGGGAAUAGUGAAGUAGUAAGAAGCGACGAAACACAGACAAAAGAGCAAACAAAUAUUUUUCAAAACAUUUUCUUUUUUGCACAAUACGGCGUCAUGCCGUAAUACUGGAAUUAUAAAUAAAAUAAAUAAUUUUCUUUUUUGCAAUGUAAUCUGCUGGGCAGAGAUAAAAUAAAGAACAAAGUCGAACAAACACGAUAUGAUCCUCCAACUCCUUUUUUCUAUCGCUAACAACACAAUAACAUAAUAAAUGCUAACCCCGAGUGCUGCUUGCUUUACAGAAGGGCAGAUACAACAAGCCAGUCACAGAGUUAUAAUGGAAUAGAGGAACAGCACUUGCUAUGCAGAAUAAAUGGUUUUUUUCACGCA